CCCAAAGUAGGGCCUCCAAACCCAUCACACCCCCAAAACCCUAGCCGUUCAUUUAUCAACGUGCUCUUUUAUAAAUCCCUCAAUUUUUAGGAUUCUCAAUCAGGCCUAUUGUUGUACGGCUCUGAGAGUAAUUACAACCAGGGAACAAUGUCUCACCGCAAGUUUGAGCACCCAAGACAUGGUUCUUUGGGAUUUCUCCCAAGAAAAAGGGCAUCUCGUCAAAGAGGGAAAGUGAAGGCCUUUCCCAAAGAUGAUCCAACAAAAAAAUGCGGGUUGACUGCUUUCCUUGGAUACAAAGCUGGGAUGACUCACAUUGUAAGAGAAGUUGAAAAACCUGGGUCAAAGCUCCACAAGAAGGAGACAUGCGAAGCUGUAACUGUUAUAGAAACACCACCUAUGGUUGUUGUUGGAGUUGUUGGGUAUGUCAAAACACCACGCGGUCUCCGUUGUCUGAAUACUGUUUGGGCUCAACAUCUGAGUGAGGAGGUCAAAAGGAGAUUCUACAAAAACUGGUGCAAGUCUAAAAAGAAGGCUUUUAUGAAGUACUCCAAGAAGUUUGAUACUGAAGAAGGGAAGAAGGAUAUUGCUGCCCAGUUGGAGAAAUUGAAGAAGUACUGCUCUGUCGUUAGGGUUUUGGCUCAUACACAGAUUCGUAAGAUGAAAGGACUUAAGCAAAAGAAAGCCCACCUCAUGGAGAUUCAAGUGAAUGGAGGAGAUGUUGCGAAGAAGGUGGAUUAUGCAUAUAGCCUUUUUGAAAAGCAGAUUCCUGUUGAUGCUGUUUUCCAGAAAGAUGAGAUGAUUGACAUUAUUGGGGUGACCAAGGGUAAGGGAUAUGAAGGUGUGGUGUCCCGUUGGGGAGUUACCCGCCUGCCUCGUAAAACCCACCGAGGUCUUCGUAAGGUUGCCUGUAUUGGUGCCUGGCAUCCAGCUAGGGUUUCAUUCACUGUUGCCAGGGCUGGGCAAAAUGGUUACCAUCACAGGACAGAGAUGAACAAGAAGAUUUACAAGCUGGGGAAGACUGCUCAGGAGUCUCAUUCUGCCAUGACGGAGUUUGACAGGACCGAGAAAGAUAUCACUCCAAUGGGGGGUUUUCCUCAUUAUGGCAUUGUGAAAGACGAUUAUCUGAUGAUUAAGGGCUGCUGUGUGGGACCGAAGAAGCGGGUUGUCACUUUGAGGCAGUCAUUGCUAAACCAAACAUCAAGGCUGGCAUUGGAGGAUAUCAAACUCAAGUUCAUAGAUACAUCCUCUAAAUUUGGCCAUGGUCGCUUCCAGACAACAGAAGAGAAGGCCAAGUUCUUCGGUCGACUUAAAGCUUAAUAAAAUAAGCAUAUUGGAACCAACUUUGAGCUUUCAAGAUUUGAAAUUAUAGAUCCUUUUCUGUUUUUUCUCUUGAUUAUCAUCAAGUUUUUAUCUUUGCUUAAGAGGGUUUCAAAUUGUUGUUAUGCUUUGUUUUGAACAUCUAGUUUUGAUAACGGUGAUGAAUUUUGCCGUUGAUUUUCCUAUAUUAAUUCUGCCUACUUUUCCAGAACAUGCUUUGUGUUGUUUUUGGUAAUGAUUUGCCAGUGUUAUCAACAGCGUAGAACGAUUUGGAUGGAUUA